AUGACCGAUCCUGUCACUCCAGCGGAGGUGCCUGCGCGUAACAACACGGCCAGUCCAAAGACUCUGCAGACAAUAAGUCAUCGAUCGAGCUUCGCAGAUAACCUACGCCAUUCUCCAAGGUCUCAAAGACAUCCAUCGUUUACUCAAGCUGGUGUCCAGGAGCUGAUCAACCAUCCACCUGCUACACGUACCGGCGAUCCGAAGUUUGCUGGGCGAGAUUGGAGGAACAUCCGCGUGGGGGAGUUGGUGGUCAAGGAGGAAGUAAGAUGGGCAGAAUUAGAUACCGAUGUUCAAACUGCUACAACGCUGCUGAUCAAGUCUGGACCUCCCAAUGUUAUCCUUUUACGAGAAAAGCCUACGGACACGGUCGCGUGCGGGACAUUUGAUUACAGCGAUCUGAACGCGUAUCUGCUGGUUGUGGUUGGGUUGGCAAAUCCAGAUCAGAGUCAAUUGGCCGAUUUCGACUCCAUCGCGAAAAGAGCGCAAGAAGGAACACCGAUACCACUUAAAGAUACGGAGCAUUUGGCAAAGAAGGAGCCCCUUGUAAAACUGCUAGAGACUGACAAUCUGUCAAAAGCAAUUGAACAUUUCGGAAGUGGCGUACAUCGCAUUUUGAUAUACAAGGAGGAUGGAUCUGAAGUCGUCGGAAUCCUCAGUCAAUUGAAGGUGGUUAAGUUUCUGUGGGAUAAUGGUAGCAGCUUUGCAACCAUCGAUGAACUGUAUCCAAGCAUUCUCAAAGAUUUAGGAAUUGGCACGCCGUCGACUAUCGCAAUCAAUGGCGAUAAACCCUUGACAGACGCGCUCCAACUGAUGAGCAACGAAGGUCUUACCAGUGUGCCAGUCGUAGAUAAUGCAUCAAAUGUCGUCGGAAACAUAUCAACAGCAGAUGUCAAGCUACUCACCAGUUCGGCUAGUCUACCAUUGCUAAAAUCUACUUGCAUUCAUUUUGUUUCAGUCAUCCUGUCUGAACGUGGUAUUGGUGAUGGAAAGGACUCUUUCCCAGUCUUUCAUGUCAGCCCCUACUCUACCUUGGCUCAUACCGUCGCAAAAUUGGUCGCAACAAGAUCGCAUCGGAUGUGGGUUGUCGAAUCAUCAUCACCAUCUCCUUCGAAACCCGCAACUCCUCUUUCAACGCCUUCAAUGGGUCACGCGAUGUUGGCUUCGCCAUUACACUCAAACCCUGCUUCACCUGCGCUCCAUGGCUCAUUUCCAGCUGUUUCUGCUGCUGCUUUGCCGGGUGCUCGCAUCUCAGGUCGAUUGACAGGCGUCAUUUCAUUGACUGAUAUCCUCAACUUAUUCGCUCGCCAAUCCGGGCUGCAUCCCUCGAAUCCCAAUGAUCAGAGAGAACACCGACGUCGAAGUUCAAGCUCUUCCGUAAGGCCGAGCAUAGAUUCUCCUCGGACAUCUAGUGUAGAUCUACGACGGCCUUGA